GGGGGCUGCACGCAGUUCUGGUUUCUGUGUCUUGAGAAGGACAGUGGUGUUGGAGAGGCUGCAAAGAGAGUUAAAAUGACUGAGGGAGGGAGCAGUUGCCUUAUGAGGAGAGAGAAAAAGAUUUGUGACACCUCGUUUUGGAACAGAAGUCUGGUGUAGCGUAUGAUCAAGGUAUACAAAAUCAUGAAGGCACUGAUUAAGCUGAAUGUUAUCUACCGAGUCUUGAGGCGCUAGAACCAGGGGCACUUGAUGAAAUAUAGAGGACAUUGGUUUAAAGCAGGUAGAAGGAAGUACUUUUAUUUUACACAACGUGUGAUGGACUUGUGAAUUAAUUGUCCUGUGGAGUUGUGGAUGCAAAAGGCGUCAGCAGGUUCAAAAAGCAUUUGGGUAAAUUUAUGGGCAGCCAGCCUGAAACAGACAAUAGGAAGAACAUCCAGGGAUGUGCCUUUAGCAUCCAAAAUACAAGUGCGGAUUCUGAGGGAAUAAGGAAGAUGGAGAGAGGGUAUGACCAGGCUCAUGUGGUCUGCUGAACAAACCUCUCCUGUUGUCCCAGCUGUAGACAGGAUGGAGGGGCAGUUGGUUUCACCCAAGAUGUGUAUCUUAUGUUCUUGAAAGUUUCCAGAAACUGACAUUGAGUAGGAAUGUAUGACUUGUUGCGGAAGAGCCAGCAUGGCUUUUGUAGACCAAAAUUGAGCCACUCCAUCGGUACUUGGAAGGUGUUUGUGAGCACGUGGCAGGGGUGAUCCAGCGGAGUGGUCUAGUGGACCCCCCUCAAAGGUUUCAGCAUGGGGUAUCCAAACAAAGCCCAUCAUGAGAUGCUUGGGUGAAUAAAUGGUUAAAAGAUAGGCUACGAAGAAGAGGAGUAGACUGCAGACUUCACAGUGGAGGGAAUUCCCUUGGGGAGCCAGGCUGGGAUCUCUGCUGCUCGCAGCGUUUGUAUGUGACCUAGAAAAGGGGCUGAAAGCGAUGGCUGGGGAAGAGUGUGCUGCGGUCCACGUGUGCAGUGAUGGGCUCUGAGCAAAUGAGACUUGCUAGGUGGGAGGGGACACACUGACCUUCCCCAGAAAGCCUGGGCAGACCGGAGGGCUCUGUUGCAGCAAACACCACCUCUCCCAUGACCGUGCCAGUAAGGCUGAGCACUGGGAGCCCAGGCUGCCGUCUCAGAUGCUGCAGCCCUGCCACUGUCACCCCAGACCCCUCCAAGGAACCACAUGCCAGCAGUAGAGGGUGUGCGAGAGGAAUGCAACAGGAUCUCCCUUCUCCUGCCACUUCUCUGGGAAUGGCUCCUGCUGCCAUGCCCUCACCAGGGCAAGCCCCCGGAGGCGCCAGCUCGGACUGGGUGGAGAUCAUUGAGCCCCGCUCCCAGGAGCGGAUGUAUGUCAACCUGACCACUGGCGAGUGCGGCUGGGAGCCCCCUCCCAACCUGAAGGUACGCCAGUCAGACCAGAAGCAGUGGUGGGAGCUCUUCGACCAGAACAACAACCGCUUCUACUACUACAAUGCCAUCACGCGGCAGACGGUGUGGCACCGGCCCCAGGGCUGUGACAUCGUGCCCUUGGCACAGCUCCAGGCCAUGAAGCGCAGCUCCCAGCCUGACUGCCGGGGCCGGCAGCACUGGGGCAGCACCGGCAGCGAUGGCAGAAGCACCCCCAUCCAAGCAGCCCUCCUGCAGGAGGUGGAGAAGAGCAAGGGUAACUGCACCGCAGAGAAGAGGAAAGACCCUGGCAGGGAGACUCCUACCCACUGGCAGCCUCUGCCAGGCACGAAAGCAGCCAUGUUGGUCAAAGUGAACAGCUUGAGGCAAAUGCAGAGCUCUUCAAACAGUUCUCUUCAGCUGCAGAGUGUUCCAGAGGCCAACAGCCAAAAAUCUCUUCCAAAACCAGCUAUGUAUGCUCAGCCUCAGUCCACGUCCCAGAGCCCUGGAGCUGCAAAGCAAAUGCCUACAGGAGAAACAAAGCAGUCUAUGCAGAUUAAAAAGACGGAGAAUGGUGGGUUUUGCCUAGUGUUGAAGAAUGGUCCCCCUUCUCAAACACCUCCAAGGAGCCAGACAGGAACCCCCCAGCCUGCAUCCCCCAAGUAUGCCUCCCCUGCACCUAUAUACGAUGAGCCAUCUUUAGAGUCUCCAAUUUAUGAUGAGCCACCAGUAGAUAUGGACACCGAAAGCAUCAGUGUGAGUGGGAUGUCUCCGCCAAGGUCACCAAGCAAUAGUUUAAAAAAGCAGCUCCAACCAACCAAAUUAUUACAGCAUCCAGGUAUGCAACAGCAGCAAGCUGCAAAGAAGCACACAAGUAAUCCCUCUUCCACUGAAUACAGCCUGGCUGGCAGAGAAUAUAUAAAACAGAUGGUCAACGUUGACCAGUCUUCCAAACUCUCCCACUCUGCUGCUGCAACAGCUGAUGCCUCUGCUAAACUGCCUGGUCAUCUUACUUCAAAGGACAGCUUCAAGCAGUCUUGGAGGAUCUUGGAAGCCAAUGUCCUCAAGAACAUGGAAGCCCACCACAGUCGGCAGAACAGCCUGCAAACUCAAGAGUACCCAACUGGUAUAAGCCAUCAGGAUUCUGGUUAUUCAACUGGCCCUUCUCCAAGCUUGAGAAAAAGGAAAGGAAAGAGGCAAGGGACAGGUCAAGGAAGACCUGGCUCUGUGGGCAGCAGCAGCGAGCUCACGGCUUUGAACGAUAAGCUGAUUGCUGAGAUGCGUGCUGUGGUGGGCAGGUCAGCAGCUUGCAGGGGAAGCAAAGCCAGCCUUGAUGCUCAAAGUCUGGAGAGUGGCAUCCCAGCAGAGAGCAGCAAAGUCAGAUUUCAGUCCGACCACUUGAAAAAGUGCAUCAGCCGGAGCUCAAGGGAUGAUGUCUCAGCUAGUAAUAGGUCUCUGUAUAGGCAGAGCCUGGAGAGCAGGGGCAGCUUUCCCAAUGAUGUGGCUGCUCCACAGGACACAGUGAGGCAGAAGAGGACUUUUGAGAAAAUAGAUUCUUUAGAAAAGAAUGUGACCAGCCAGACAAGUUUGGCUUCCUCAGAUGCUACGCGCCACUCCUCCCAGCCCGGGACAAUAGAGUUGGACUCCAAGCAGGAGAGCAGCUGCCAGCGUGGUGGCCAUGUAGGCUAUAAUUUCCCUUACAGUACUCUUCGGAAGCCCAUCUCUCAGAGCAGCAUGGCAGACUGGGCUUCUAAAAAUCUGAACAUGCACACGCAGGGUAUCUUCCGCCGAAGGAUCUCCAUCUCCAACAUGCUGUCCUGGAAUGGCAGCUCUAUCAAAAAGCCAAUGCUCAUCACUAGCAACCGCACCAUCAAAAAGGAGGCAUGUGAGAUGUUCAAACUGGUGCAGAGCUACAUGGGAGAUCGUCAGACUCGCAUGGACCGGAAUCAUGUGGCGUUGGUCACGGUCACCAAGUGCUGGAGCAUGCAAGGUUUACGGGAUGAGCUCUACAUACAACUGAUCCGGCAGACAACAGAUAAUACAUGCUACCGAAGUCUGGCAUGGGGCUGGGAACUGAUGGCCAUCAGUCUGGCCUUUUUCUCCCCAUCGCCCAAAUUUCAGUCUUACCUGGAAGGUUACAUUUAUCGCCACCUGGACAGUGAUGAAAACAUUGCCCAGCGCAUCAAGGAGCUUGUGGAUCUAAAAAACAAGAAGAAUUCAAAAUCUAGGAAAAAGAGGAAACAAAACACCGAGGAUGAAGGUCUGCCCAUCAGCACCUACGCCAAGUACUGCUACCGGAAACUCCAGAAAGUAGCUGUCACCGGAGGCAAAAAGGGACGUGGAGGACAAACCUGGCUGGCGUGGAGGGGGAGCCUCCAUGCUCUGCGUUAUCUGGAAAUCCCCCCCACCUCCUCAGUUUCCUCUGCACAGUUCUGCGUGGGGCUGGAAAUCAUGCUGCGGCAGCAGGACAUGUACCCGGGUAAGAAGCUGCCCUGGGUGCAGACGCAGCUAUCGCAGCAGGUCCUGGCUCUGGGAGGAGAACAGACAGAGGGGAUUUUCAGGAUACCUGGUGACAUAGAUGAAGUCAAUGCAUUGAAGUUGCAGGUGGAUCAGUGGAGAAUCCCAAGCGGCCUCAGUGACCCCAACAUCCCAGCCUCUCUUCUCAAGCUGUGGUAUCGGGAGCUGGAGGAGCCUGUGAUCCCCCAGCAGUUUUACAAAGAGUGUAUCAACAACUACGAGAACCCUGAUGCUGCCGUGGCCGUGGUGCAGCUUUUGCCAGAGCUCAACAGGCUGGUGCUGUGUUACCUCAUCCACUUCCUGCAGAUCUUUGCUCAGCCGUCAAAUGUGGGCAGAACAAAGAUGGAUGUGAAUAACCUGGCCAUGGUGAUGGCCCCCAACUGCCUGCGCUGCCAGUCUGACGACCCUCGCGUUAUCUUUGAGAACACGCGCAAAGAAAUGUCCUUUCUUCGCAUGCUGAUAGUGCACUUGGACACAAGCUUCAUCAAAGGGCUGGUUUGAGCCGCUGGCCCUGGGGUCCAAGACAUCGCUCUGGGGAGUUACUGGGUGCCCGAAGUCUUCUCCCCUCCACUUAGGCUUCUUCCAUUCUCCUUGUUGUUGUCACACCCUGAGUAUCUCCCAGCAUAUGACCUCGAGGACAAGGACUAGACACUCCUGGAAGGCUCAGGCUGUUCAGCACCAGGAAGUCCUUGGACAUGCCAGGCCAGAUUCAGAGGUUCCUGGCUUUCCAGUGUGUGUCAGGGGGGGACAGCCCUCCUCCGUGGAGCCGCAGGACUGGUUGCUCAUUGAAAGGGCUGUGACAUCUGUGAGAAACUGCUACCGGGGGCAGCGAGAUUCUCCAUCUCCCUUCUAGAUGCAGAGUUGGCUUCAGGUAGGAGGACAUCACUCCUGUGUUGUGGCAUGAGCUGGUCCUGGGGAAGGUGCUGCCUCAUUGGGAAUAAUUCCACUGCUAUAGAGCCAGCCUGGUUCACCUCUGCAGACUGUUGGCUGGAGGUGUGAGGGUUGUUCUGACACCUCAUGAUGCUGUUGGUAGAGCAAUGUGAAGGUGCAGGGGGUUCACUGUGGCAGAGGGAUUCCUUGGUCUGCACAAGUCAGUGGAAGCACAUAGCAGCCCAGGGAAAGGAGGUAUUUGAACCUUAGCUGCUGGUGGCUGGAUAGGCAGGCAUCACACAGCUGGGAGCCCUGGCAGGCUGGAUCUGCACAGCAUUUACCUCACCUCCUCCUUUAGGCAGCUUCAGAGCUGCACAGCAGCAUGUGGUUAGCAUGUGGGAUCAGCUCUGUGCUGAGCUAAACCAGCACCCACCCACGCCAUGGGGGCUGGGGACGAGAGGAAAGCCACGCACCUGACAACAAACAGAUCAACCUCUUUGGCAUCCUCCUAAUGAGGGCCAUAUCCUCUGGAGGGGUAACCCCAGCGGCCUUGCAGCUCCUUUCUGCUAUGGCCAGCGUGAGCUGACACCAGCUUUCCUGAAGAGCAUCUGAGACAAUGCUCAGAGCAGCCUCCACGGUGCUGGCACCCCCAUGCCUGGUUCCAGGUCCUUCCCAGACUGCUCUGCUGGGGACUGAAUACCAGUUUUGCCCACCCUCCUGGUUCAGCCCAGACCUAAAGAAAGCAGGGAAGGCCAUGAACAGUAAGAAGUGCUCGGAUGUGCCUUUCCAGGCAGAGCAGCAGCAUUGCCAUGUGCUCAUGAAAUGCUGAUACUGCCUGGAGACAACCUGUGCUCUUCCCACCAAAUUCCCAUGGGAGCUGUGGAGGGGUGGGGAGGGAAGAGAAAGAAGAAGCAGGUCUGAGCAGCUGAGAUGUGGUGGAGCCUGUGUAGGGGUGGUAUCAGGCAGGCAGCUCAGCAUUCUCACUUCUGCUGUUUAAUCCCUGCGGCACAGCAAGGACAGUGUAUUCCAGAGGCACCGCAUGGAUUCCCCUGCAGCCUCCAGACACUGUCACAUGUUUCUUAGCAAGCAGCAAUUUCUAGUUCUGUGGCAUCCUGGUGUUACUCUUCUCUUUCUUUGAAGUUUUUUCUGCGGGAGGUAGGUCUGCUGCAAAAAGCUGCGUGUUGGGAUUACUCAUGCGAUGCUAAAUCUGCUGGUAGCAUCCAAGGUUGCAUUUGCAUUUCUCCGUCUCCCUCCUUUUCAUGUGGGGACCGGGAUCAUCCUCUCCUGAUUGCAGUGGGGCACUGAGGCCUGCCAGCAGUGAGGUUUAAAGCUGAUGUCUGAAUCUGUACCAAAAGUUUGGGCAUAAGGUGCUGCGUGCAGAGAGUGCCCCAAGCCUGCUGGCUGCUUCAAUCUCUCUAUGUGCGUGAACAGGUUUUCCAGGGAAGACAUUUGCUCGGAUGAGCUCCACAGCAGGAGUUCAGUUUGUGCCCAGCUGAACAAGGGUUGUGGUUCCUCUCCUUGUACCAGAUGCUUGUGUGGUCCAGGGGGCCAGGAGGUCCUGCUCCCAUGUCAGGACUAGCUCUGUCAAACAUGCCCCCAAAAACAUGCCAGGAUCUGCUUCAUGCACCCAUCCCAUCCCAUCUGCCUUCUGAAGAGCUGAACAACUUGUACUUCAGAUGUGGGGCUAACUUUCCCAGAAAUGCAGACGGGGCAGCGUUACCGGCUCUACCGUACUGCACUGAAAUUUGAAUCACUGAACAGGCUCAGGUUGCCACAUCCUGCCCCCCAUGGGCUGGAGCAGCCAUGUGGUGCCUGCCCCCCUGCUUUGGGCUGCAGAUGCAUGUGCCUGUGUUGGGCUUCACCUGCAGCCAGCCACCACGUAGGUGAUCCGUGUUAUUCCUUGCACUUAGCUGUAGCAGGCCAUCAAACCAUAGGCAUUUGCUGCUAUUACAAAUGAACGCUUCUUGCCAGGGCUGUAAAAUAGGCUAAUAAAUGACACUGGAUAUUAUUUUCUUUGCAAACAGAUUUGUAAAUAUGAAUCCAUAAAGCAGCCUCUCCUCUGUUACAGUAAUAAAUACAA